GGUAGGAGAUGGGUACGUUGCAACGAACCCUACUGUGUUCAUCGGUUUCAUGGAGAGCUUGAUUGGAUCCAAGAUUCAAACUCAACAAGAAACUACACCAAUCUGAAAAAGAAAAAUUCCAUGAUG